GCGAGAAGAGGUGUAGUGGCGCGAAUAAACAAGGAGUUUCUCUAGUGGUAAACACACGCUGCUGUGUAACUCUCGUUAGUAAACUUCUCUAAUUUAUUCCAUUUAAACAGCUUCAACGUACAUUUCUUUUAGAUUAAAAGUUCAACAUAGAGUUAGUGAGUCUGUUGAAGUCAGUAUUUUGAUCUGUUUCGCUUCGUAAAGGUGAAUUAUGUCUGACGAAGCCAGCGACGUCAACCAGGAGGACAGUCAGGAGGAUGUGAUGACUCCGGCGGAGCUCAUAGACAAGCUGGAAGAAGCCUGGCUGAACGAGAAGUUCUCCCCGGAGCUGAUGGAGAACAAGUCGGAGGUGGUGGAGUGUGUGAUGGAGCAGCUGAGUCACAUGGAAGCCAACUUGCAGCGGGUGAAGAAAGGUGACGCGAAGGCCAGCAUCCACCGCAUGGAGAUAGACAGGAUUCGCUUUGUGCUCAGCAGCUACCUGCGUGCUCGUCUGCAGAAGAUUGAAAAGUUUUUCCCGCACGUCCUGGAGAGAGAAAAGUCCCGUGGCGAGGGAGAUCCGUCUCUGCUUUCACCCGAGGAGUUUGCCUUUGCCAAAGAGUACUAUGCCAACACAGAAACCUACCUGAAGGCCGUAGCAUUGAAGCGCAUGCCCCCCAACCUGCAGACAGUGGACAUGCUCAAAGCAGUGCCCGAGCCCUGCCUGGACUCCUUUGUGUUUCUACGAGUGAAGGAGAGACAGGAAAACAUCUUGGUUGAGCCUGAAUCAGACGAUCAGAGAGAGUAUGUUGUAGAUCUGGAAGUGGGCUCUCAGCAUCUAAUGCGCUAUCGAACUAUAGCACCACUUGUUUCAAGUGGAGAUGUGCAAUUAAUCUGAACGUCGAGGUAAGUCUGUUGGCGUGGAUGUUUUUGGCUCCAGGAGGUCAGAAAAUGAGCAGUGGCCUAUUUUUGUAACAUGGCACUAAUGAGGAAGAGGCACAUUAACCUGCAUCUGGAGGUCACAUCUGGAAAUGUAUUUGUCUCACUGUUGUGUGGAUUAAAGACCAACUCGAGGGACGCAAACACAGACAUUUGUAGCGCCAUGUCUUCAAGACACCCUGUUCGCCGAAGCAGCGUUUGCAGCGCUGUGAUGUUAUUUUCGGAUGUUUUUAAUCAUGUCGCAACUAAUCUGCUAAUUCAUCCUGAUACUUUAUCCAGAUGACUCACUUUAUUGGACUUUUUCCUCUGCUGCUUAGUAACAAGAUGCACCCGAAGGUGAAAUUUCAUCAGUUCGCUUGGCAUUGAAGUGCGCAUCAGCCCACGGUGCGCGUGGUAAUGUGUGUUUGGAAGAAUGCUGUUUCCUUUGAUCGCCAUUUAUUUUAAUGGCAUUCACACAUAAAUUAAUAUGCUUUACUGUCAUUAUACAUAAUAGAAAACCUGUUAAUGUUCAGAUAACUUCUGGGCAUCUCUUCACCUUGGCUUCACAAGUUUAAAGUUUCUUUUGAGUGCAUGUGUUUUUUUAGUUUUACCCUAAAAGGAUGUGUGGAACGUUGUCUUCUCUGAGACAGAAUUGCUGUAAUAGCAUUGUUAUGUAAGACUCACAAAGGGAGCAAUCAGUGCUUAUUGUUUUGCUCUCACACAGUUUUUGUAGCUAAUAAGGGACCGAGGGAGAGCGGGGCUUUGCAAAACUGAACCAGGUGUCAACUGACUGUCGUCUUUUCAACCGCACUGCUGAUGUAGCUAAUGUGGAAUCCUAUAACGCAGUGUUAUUGGGAGAUUAGGAAUAACACACAGGGAGGGUCUUAAUGAUUUAACCAGGCAAAAAUCAAGUUUGAUUAGACGCCAGAUAUCAUACAGAGAAGUAAUUAGUGUACAUAAAUGCUGUUAUUCAUAGUAAAAUGUUGGAAAAUGAAAGCAGGGUUCUUUUGGACCUUGAAAAUGUGGAUUUGAGAAAAAUAAAAACUUGUGAAUGAUUGGU